GGCGCAGAGCCGAGCGAGGGCCUCGGCCCUGAGUCCCGCGCAGGCGCAGAUCCGGGAGCAAGAUGGCGGCCCCCGUGGACCUGGAGUUGAAAAAGGCCUUCGCUGAACUACAAGCCAAAGUUAUUGACACUCAGCAGAAGGCAAAGCUUGCAGAUAUGCAGAUUGAGCAACUGAACAGGACCAAAAAGCAUGCACACCUCACAGACACUGAAAUCAUGACUUUAGUUGAUGAGACUCACAUGUACGAAGGUGUAGGAAGAAUGUUCAUUCUUCAAUCCAAGGAAGUCAUUCACAACCAACUGUUAGAGAAACAGAAAAUAGCAGAAGAGAAGAUUAAGGAACUGGAACAGAGGAAGUCGUACCUGGAGCGAAGCGUGAAGGACGCCGAGGACAACAUCCGGGAGAUGCUGCUGGCUCGGAGGGCCCAGUAGGCGGAGACGGCGAUACAGCGCCAAACAGAGCAUCUCGGACACUGCAAAAUCUAGGAGUUCCUCGGUGGAUUUGGUGCCAAACGGGCCAUCUCGGACUCUCCGCUAUCCACAUCAGGAACAGAGAUGACCCAGCUGCAGCUCCGCAGGUAGGCAGGAUGAAUAAACUUUCUAUUCCUUGG